AUGAUGGCUCUUACGGAUGCACAACGCAAGACAGAUCAGUCCAUCGCAGCAGUCACUCACUGGCUUACCAGCAGCGGCAACAUCCACCCAGAUCGUAUCUCCCUGACCUCGAACAAAGCUUGGUUGGCUCUUAACGUCUCCGUGGCGGAAGCGGAGGACUUACUCCACACCAAGUAUUACUGGCAUGGCCCAGACGGCAACUUGGCAGGCUGUGAUGACUAUCGAAUUCCCCAGCACCUUGAGGAGCAUAUCGAUCUCAUAUCGCAACCACCUGUGGUUGGAUCCGCCAGGCUCGCCGUGAACAGCGCUUCCUCGACCGCCAACUGUUCCAACAGUGUCACUCAAGCUUGCCUUCAAGCUCUGUACCAGUUUGAGACACUUCCGAAGAAUGCACCUGUAUCUUCAGCAAAUCGCCUGGGUAUACUGCAGUUUGGCUACUACGCAAAGGAGGACCUGGACAGCUACUUCUCCCAAUUCGCUCCUUGGGUACCACAGGGCACUGAACCAAUCAACCAGGGUAUCAACGGUGGUUGCCCGUCGACCAACGUCUCCUGUGCAUCUGGGGAGACAGAGCUGGAUUUCGAGAUGUCUAUGCCCAUCAUCUACCCCCAGUCGACAGUGGACUACUCAAUAUACAACUACCACUACGCAGACGGCGGUACUGGCAGCUUCAACACCUGGCUUGAUGCACUAGAUGGAUCAUACUGUCACUACACUGCAUUCGGCGAGACUGGCGAUGACCCUGCGAUUGAUCCCGCUUAUCCCGACGCGAGCGGUUACAAUCAUCCUCAGCAAUGCGGUGUGUACAAACCUGCAAACGUGAUCCCCAUAGCUUGGGGCAAUGGCGAGCAAGUGUUACCCGCUUCUUACCAGCGGCGGAUGUGCAAUGAGUUCACGAAGCUUGGCAUGCAAGGCGUUGCUCUCUUGCAAGCGUCCGGAGAUUUCGGCGUGGCUCCGAAUCCAAGCAGUACCGACAGCGGCUGCCUCAAGGACGGCACGGUCUUCAAUGUCGAGUUCCCAAACUUGUGCCCGUACAUAACUUCCGUGGGUGGCACGCAGAUCGAGCCUGGCAAAACCGUCCACGACCCUGAAGGAGCCUACCAUGUCCCGACUAGUGAUCCUGCCAUCACGUAUGCUGGAGGCGGCGGAUUUUCCAAUCUAUGCACGGCCCCCGAUUAUCAGAAAUCAACCCUCGACGCUUAA